GCCAAAAACAUAUAUUCAGACAAAUUUAUUGCCCACAGCUAACUCGUGAAAUCACAGGAGUAAAACGGAACCCCGUUGUAAAUUGUUUACUCUGAUUACUCAAAACAAAUCUGAAACCCCCGUUGUGGUCUCCGGAGCCGUAUACCCCUAUCCUUAAAAGAUAUUUGUCCCCAUCUCCAUCCUCAGCGCCAUGAUGUUCUGCCAUUAUCAUUAUCAUCAUCAUCAUCAUCAUAUGUCUUAAGCCAUCAACUUCUUAGCUUAUUCCCCUUUCUUUCACAUCCAUUUUCCAAAGGACCCUCUCUCAGCUUAACAAAACCCUCCUGACCCCCAAAGUUCCAAACAGAGCCAUGGAAAUGAACCCCACCACCAAAACCACCCAAAACCCAGAUACAGAUACUGAAACCCCACCACAGGCCAAACCCCUCAAGUCCUUAUCCUUCACCAACGGCUCACUAAAGCCCCACCAGCGCCACCCCGCUGACCCACCGCCGCAGCCACGGCAACCGCUCGCGGUGGUGUCCGUGUCCUACAAAGAAUGCCUCAAGAACCACGCAGCGAGCAUGGGUGGCCUUGCCCUCGACGGCUGCGGUGAGUUCCUGCCCUCCCCCACCGCAACCCACUCCGACCCUACCUCGCUGAAAUGCGCCGCUUGUGGCUGCCAUCGGAACUUCCACCGCCGCGACUCAGACGAUCUCAUUCCCAGAGCCCUCAACGUACAACACCUCUCCUCCACGAGCCAAAGCCCGAGCCCAGUGUGCUCACCGCCACCAGUCUCACACCUACCACCAUCCCAGUACUACUUCUCAUCGAUCCCACAAACGCUGUUGUCUCUCAGCACCGCCUCUCCUCGGCAGUAUGACGAGCACCACAAAAACUCCCAUCCAACUCUGAUGAGGACAGAGAGCGGCGAGAACCCACUUGGGAGAAAGAGAUUCAGAACCAAAUUUUCUCAGGAACAGAAGGAGAAGAUGUUUCAGUUUUGUGAGAAACUGGGCUGGAAGAUGCCGAAGAGCAAUGAGAUGUUGGUGGAGGAGUUCUGUAAUGAGGUUGGGGUAGAUAGAAGGGUCCUCAAGGUUUGGAUGCACAACAACAAGAACCCUUUGAGGAAGAGAGAGAUGGGUUUCGGUCAAAAUGGUAAUGGGAAUGGCGAUAGAGUCAGCUUUGAGACCAGUGAUUAUUGCAGCAAGAAAGAGAGCGAGUACAUUAAUGGAGUUGGCAGUGGUAAUCUUCAUGUUUCUGCUAAUGGGUCUUCUUCUUCGUCUUGAUCUGGGGAUGGAAAAAGUACUGGAAUAGAAAGAAAAAAAGUAUGUUUUUUUUUUUUUUUGUUUUUUCGCCCCUUUUUAGCUUUGCUGAUUAAUGGUUACUGAUAACUCAAAUGUUGAUGGUGGAGAGGAAGAGGAGAGAUGUUGACGAUCAAAGGGAAGUAAUUUUUCUUAGUUGUACGUGAAUCCGUCUGUUAAUUGACGUUUAGUUUCUGCUAAGUGCUAGCCUGAAUGUUGAUUUCAUUUUCUGACAUGUUUCUUGCUCAGUUUCUUUCUCCUCCUGUUCAAGUUGAUCAUCAUAAUAUAUCUGAUUACUGUUGUAGA